AUGAUGUGUUCUGUUAUUAUUGAGGAGAUCGAUGAUGAAAAUUUAAAUGGUUUAGAGGACAGUCAAGUAAUUGCUAUAUCUAGUACAGGAAAUAAUAAACAACCAUAUUUGCUGGAGUAUCAUGAGGUUGUUGCUACCCGGGUUGAUACAAAUGCAACAGUUGGGGGUGACAUAGAGAAGGAAAAAGCUGGGGUUGAAAGAGAUAAUGCAACAGUUUCAUGA